GUAGGAAGCCCACGAUGCCACUAAACGGGGCCGACGAAGGGCGGCCGGCGGCAUACGAGCUGCUACACAACGAACCAGACGAGAUAGACCUCGCAGUAUUUUCACCCUCAGAAAGGAGAGUGGGGAUCGGAGAGCCUGGCAGCGAUGGAGGACCCCGACCGGACCGAACGUCUCAGCCUUCAGACUCGCCCCGAGACUAUGAGCCCGCGAAUUCCCGCACUACGUCCAAUACCCCGAUUAUCGAGGAGUCUACCGCCAAUCCUGCCGAUGAUCCAAAGAACACUUCGAACUCAUCGGACCAGCCAGAUACUUCAGACUGGUUUGGGACGGAAGUUGCAGGUGUUGUCAUCUCGGCAGCCCUCCUUGCUGGGAUGAUUGGUUUACUGUACUAUUAUAAUCGCAAACCCCAGCCAAACUGGCCAUAUACCUCUUUGAACUCAGUCGUCUCUUGGUUAAGUACUCUCUCCAAAGCUAGUCUUAUGUUUUCCGUGGGCGAAAUACUAGGACAGCUGAAGUGGCUUUGGUUUGCUCAGCAGGAGCGACCUUUGCAACAUCUACGAGCUUUCGAUUCGGCCAGUAGGGGAGCUUGGGGGAGUCUCCAGCUCUUUUGGGCUUUGCACAUCCGGACCCUCGCCGGGAUAGGGGCGCUGAGCAUGAUUCUUGCCCUAGGUUUUGAUCCCUUCUCGCAGAAUUUGGUACAUACAUAUCCGGGGUUGAUUGUGGACCCAUUGGGAACUGCACGCAUCGCAAAUCUCUCCGCGUACAACACCACAGGGCCGUGGAUAACUGACACGUACAAAGAGAUCUCAGAUGAUGGUGACAUCUACUAUGUUGACCCCGUCCUGAAGGCAAAUGUGUACAAUUCACUUUUCAACCGCGACCACAGCCAGCCCUGGGCCACCCCACAAUAUUUCUGCUCAUCGGGCAACUGUACAUGGGAUGCCCCGGUCACUGCUUUCGAGGUGCGGCCCACUUGCACCAACAUCACCAGCAAAUUGACGACCAAAUGCUAUCCUGGGGGUUUCAUAUUCGGUAACAUUACGUUUGAUCGCUACGGAUGCAUCGUAAGCUUGCCCACCAGGGAUAUCUUUGCUAUCUAUUUCCCGGGUAAACUUGGGAUUAGCGAACUUAUGACCUUUGGCAUCAUCGAUAUCACGUUCAAUGGUUCGCUUGCGUACAAUGCUGCGACAGACAGGGUAGCCGGUUUCCAAUACAUCGGGCCCCGCGCCACCACCAAACAGGUUACCGAAGGGCGCAUCCCGAACAACACCCAGUGGGAAGCUACCGAGUGUCUUCUUGAGCCUAUCGUGCGCCGAUUCUACCCCAGGGUCGAUCAGAACAACUACGCCGAGGACAAACCGGAAACCUGGUCGUCCACGGAUAAGAACUGGGAUGAGACCGGUUAUUCGAUGCCGUAUGGCGUCAACUAUAACCCUUCGGUACCCUCACUCAUGACAUGGAACGCAUUCCAUGCGAACUAUUUCUUUCUGUACUCCAUCUUAUCGGGCGCACCAUGGCGUAACAAAACGGUUUAUUAUGAGACGAGCGUCCAAGACUGGGUACCGACAUACAAUUUAUACGCCGCCACCGAUGCGCUUCAAGCGCUGGAAGUAGGUGAUAUCGUCGGGUGUAGCGACAUCCUUGCCGAACGGCUGAAUUGUACGAUGCAGAACGUGGCCGCCGCCAUGACGAAGACCUUCCGUGAUGCGGCAUACCUCGCCAAUCCCGCGACGGCGCCCAUGGUGUCAGGGCAGGCCAAGAUCAGCGCGGUUUUUAUCAGCGUCCAUUGGCGGUGGUUGGUCCUGCCCCUCUUUCUCUGGGCUCUAGGGGCCACGGUAGUUCUGCUAACGCUGUGGAGAACCCGGCGAGCGCGCGUGCCGGCUUGGCGAAACGAUACGCUGCCGUUGCUAUUUCUAUAUCAAAGCGGUGGGGAGCGGCGGGGACUGGACCGAGCUAGACGAUUGGUGCUGCAUGACGCAGGAGGCGGGCCUGGCCGAGCGAGUGGUCACGAGAUGCCGUUUUUCGGAGCCCUGGGGUGCACCAGCGCCAUCGUCUUCACUGCCUGUGGGGCAGCUUACGGAACGGCGAAGGCUGGCGUCGGCGUUUGCUCCUCGGGAGUCCUCCGUCCUGACUUGAUAGUGAAGAACAUCGUGCCCAUCGUCAUGGCUGGUAUCCUCGGGAUCUACGGCUUGGUGGUUUCAGUCCUGAUCGCGAACAACCUCUCCCAAGAAGUAGCUCUCUACACCAGUCUUCUCCAGAUGGGUGCUGGCCUCGCGGUCGGGCUGUGUGGAUUAGCUGCAGGGUUUGCGAUUGGGAUUGUCGGGGACGCGGGAGUAAGAUGUACAGCCCAGCAGCCGCGACUUUACGUUGGCAUGAUCCUGAUUCUGAUCUUUGCCGAGGUCUUGGGCCUGUAUGGUUUGAUUGUCGCUCUUUUGAUGAACUCCCGCGCGAGCGUCACGGACUUCAAAUGCAGCUGA